AUGGAUUUGUUCAAGAUCCUGCUUGUUCUGUUCUUCGUGAACUUAGGUUUCUGCUUCGCUGCAGAUCCAUAUUCUUUCUAUAACUUCGAAGUCUCCUACAUUACCGCUUCUCCACUUGGUGUUCCUCAACAGGUCAUUGCUAUAAAUGGAAAGUUCCCUGGUCCUACAAUCAAUGUAACGACCAAUGAAAAUCUGGUCGUUAAUGUCAGAAACAAAUUAGACGAGGGACUUCUUCUUCACUGGUCUGGAAUCCAACAGAGGCGUGUGUCUUGGCAAGACGGUCUUGCAGGAACAAACUGUCCAAUCCCACCAAAGUGGAAUUGGACUUAUGAGUUCCAAGUGAAAGACCAAAUCGGAAGUUUCUUCUAUUUCCCAUCUCUCCAUUUCCAAAGAGCUUCCGGUGGCUUUGGCUCCUUCAUUGUGAACCCUAGAGCCAUUAUUCCAGUCCCUUUCUCUACUCCAGAAGGUGACAUCACCAUCGCCAUUGGUGAUUGGUACACAAGAAACCACACGGCUUUGAGGAAGGCUUUAGAUGAUGGUAAAGAUCUUGGAAUGCCUGAUGGAGUCCUCAUCAACGGCAAAGGACCUUUCCAAUACAAUCAAACUCUUGUUCCUGAUGGAAUCGAUUACGAAACAAUCACUGUACAUCCUGGAAAGACUUACAGAAUCCGAGUGUCGAAUGUUGGAAUCUCGACGAGUUUAAACUUUAGGAUUCAAGGCCACAACUUGGUUCUUGCGGAAUCUGAAGGAUCUUACACUGUUCAACAAAACUACACAAGUUUGGAUAUUCAUGUUGGACAGUCUUACUCCUUCUUGGUUACUAUGGAUCAGAACGCAAGCUCUGACUACUACAUUGUUGCAAGCGCUCGUGUUGUUAACGAAACCAUUUGGAGAAGAGUCACUGGAGUUGGAAUCUUGCACUAUACCAACUCUAAAGGUAAAGCUAAAGGUCACUUACCUCCUGGUCCACAAGACGAAUUCGACAAAACUUUCUCCAUGAAUCAAGCAAGAUCCAUCAGAUGGAAUGUUUCAGCGAGUGGAGCGCGUCCUAACCCGCAAGGCUCGUUUAAGUACGGUUCGAUCAAUGUAACGGAUGUCUACGUGCUGAGGAAUAUGCCUCCUGUGAUGAUCAAAGGGAAGAGAAGGACGACGCUUAGUGGUGUCUCGUUUGUGAAUCCUGCUACGCCGAUAAGACUAGCUGAUAAGCAUCAUGUGAAAGGAGUGUAUACGCUUGAUUUCCCAAAGAGACCUUUAACCGGACCGCCUAGAGCAGGGACUUCGAUUAUCAAUGGCACUUACCGCGGAUUCAUGGAAGUCAUUCUUCAGAACAAUGACACUAAGAUGCAGAGCUAUCACAUGAGUGGCUACGCCUUCUUUGCCGUUGGAAUGGAUUAUGGAGAGUGGACUGAGAACAGUAGAGGAACUUACAACAAGUGGGACGGUAUUGCACGUUCGACUAUUCAGGUGUAUCCAGGAGCAUGGUCAGCGAUCUUGAUAUCUUUGGACAAUCCUGGAGCUUGGAAUCUGAGAACGGAGAAUCUUGAUUCUUGGUAUCUUGGACAAGAGACUUAUGUGAGAGUUGUGAAUCCAGACGAGAACAACAAAACUGAGUUUGGGGCGCCUGCAAAUGUUCUUUACUGUGGUGCUCUAAGCAAACUACAAAAGCCACAGAAGAUUUCGUCGUCUGCAUCGAGGAGCAUUGGAUUCACGAGUCUUUCGAUGGUGGUGAUGGCUUUGGUGGUGAUGGUGCUUCUGCGUUGA